GGAAAUGUAAACUAAGCACAGUGAAUGCUGGAGAAACUCAGCUGGUCUGUGGAGAAAGUUAAAGUUUCUACUCUGACGUUGAGUGACUCGAAACGUUAAUUUAUGUUUUUCUCUCUGCCAGAUUUGCUCAUUUUGUCUAGUAUUCCGUGUUUAUUACUAAUUUAAACGUUAGUCCUCACUGAGAAGAAGACUAAAAGUGGAAGAUAAUCCGCCACCAAUUUGAACAUUCAUAAUUCCAACCGACAAGGAUCGCGCAUGUGCAAUAACCGCCGCCCGGAGCGGUGGAGAAUUUUUUUUAAAAAAAACAAAAGCGGGAUUGAGAUACGAAUGUUAAAGUCAUCGUGUAACUUACACAUGCAAAGUCGGUGAUGGGAGGAAAAAAAAAGAAAACAUAUAAGACGUUUGGAGCCGGCGGAGGUGUUAGCGCCAGUGCGCAUGUGCGUGCCUUUUUGGCGGCUGGAGUCUGCGUUUGAAAUGGCUGGAGCUCAGCUGGUGGCCAGUCUGGAAUAUUUCAAACUGCGCUGCAUCAGCACAGCAUGGGUUGAUACAGUGUGGGAACUAGAUUUCACAGAAACAGAACCAUUGGAUUCCCAUCUGGAAGCAGAAAUCACAGAAAAUGGACCUGAAAUAUUUUCCCAACUUUAUGAGAGUCUUUUUAAGUUCAUUGAUCAGCCUCAGCCAGCAAAUGUAUUGGGUGAUGUUUGGACCAUCUUUACAGAGAAUAACCUCUCCCACAAUGCCCUUAUUGCUGUGUUACAUCAUUUUGUCCACAUGGUUCAGGAUAAGAGAGCUAAUGUCAUCCAGCGAGAAUAUGCCUUGCAUGCAGCUGGACUUUAUUUCCUGCUCCUUGAAAUUCCAGGAAGUGUAGCCAAUCGUAUCUUUCAUCCAGUACUGUUUGACAAAUGUCUGGACACUAUUAAAAAGAGCUGGCCUGCAACUGAAGAAGGAAAUCGAAAGCGGAAGAAAGAUACCCAAAUGAAGAGCUCUCAGAGUGUUGCAAAAGGAAGAAAGCGUGCUAAGCCAGUCAGACAGAUGGUGAAUGAGGGUGUGUUUGAGGAGGAUGAAGAGGAGGGAGAUAUUGAUGUAUUUUUCUCCACACAUGACUUAUGUUGUGUUAGGGAUGAUAUUUUCUCUCUGCUGAAAAAGGUCUUGCGAUUGCUCUCUAAGUUCUCCCUGAAAGAAAAACCUGAUUGUGCUCAACACUGUCUGCAGUUAUUCACUGAACUGAUAAACUUUGAGACUGUAAUUGGGGUGUUAGACUUCACAGAUUCUAUAGAUAUUGAAAGAAUGAAGACUCUGCCAGAAUUGGCUUAUUAUGGGCUUAGAUUACUGUGUGCUCCCAACCAUGGUGAUGUUAAUAAGAUGCUCCGCUGGCUCUUCCAAAGACUGUUGAAUACAAUUUUAUUGGUAGGAGGAGGAGAAGGUUCCAAAUCUUGUGCACUUCUGGGAGUGGGACAGAAAGUUAUUGCUGCCAGAGAUCAAGCUAUUAAAUUUAUUAGUUAUAUUGUGGAUCAAGUGGAAGAGACUGCAUUACCUGUACUUCAAGUUUUGCUGCAGCACAUCUGCAUUAAGGUGCCAGAUAAAGUGGAAUACCGUACACAUGGUGCCCAGGCUCUAGUGAAAUUGCUGAUGAAACUUCCUUCUGUGGAGUUUGUUGCAUUUUUACAUUGGCUGAACAAAUUCUCUCAAAACAGCAAGGUAGCUUACAGAAACUUUGCCUUGGAUGUGGUAAUGGCAUUAAUGGAAUUGCCUGAGAGGGAACCAGAUGGCUCAAUUCCUCCAGAACAUCAGAAGUAUCUAUGUCACAAAUACUGGAUCCAGUUUGUAAUCUUGGGUAGAUGCUCCGAUAAGGCUCCUUCAGUUCGAAGUAGAGCUCUCUGUUGUCUUGCACAAUGCCUAGAGUUGAAUACUUCAAAAGCUGUGAUGUAUGUUCAGGAGAUAUUGCUACAAACCACAAACAUUCGACAUAAGACCCCACAAGCACUAAAAAGCAUUGAAUUUGCAGACAACCAAGAUUCAGCAGAAUGUGAUGUCACUGCUAACCAAUGCAAGGACACUCUAAAAAGUGUUGAAGUCACAGACCCUGGGGAUUCAACAUUUACUAAUGUGAAAGAAAUUAUGACCAUGUUGAGGUUGAGAGCUGGUGAUGAGAGAACCAUUGUCAGAAAAUCAGCCAUUCAGCUGUUUGUAAGCAUUUUAAAGCAUAAUCUUGCCAUCUGCACUCAAGAAGAUCUGUCGACGUUACAGGAUCAUUGUCGAGAUUCUGCUGUAUCUGUACGCAAACAGGCAUUGCAGUCAAUCACUGAUCUUCUGCUGGCUCAGCCCAGUAACUCUGUACUGCAAAAGGCAUGGAUGAAUGGAGUCAUCCCUGUUGUAAUUGAUUCGGAGAGUGCAGUGCAGGAAAAAGCAUUGGAGUGUCUGAAUCAAGUGAUAAUACAACAAAUCAAGGAUUACAGACAUUUUAGUGAAGAAGACAAAUAUCAGAGAUUGACCUGGGAUAUUUUGGGAUAUCUUGCACUUGAAAAUCAAGAGCUAAGUCGUUAUCUCACCAAAGCUUUCCUUUUGUGGUCUCGUCAAAAUCUAUUCGAUUCGACGUUCAUAAAAUCCCUGAUCUCCCAUACUGAGGCUGAGCAUGCUCCUGCUGCCUGGAUGUUACUUUCUAAAGUUGCAGGAUCAUCUCCAAAGUUGAAUUAUGACAAGAUUAUAAUUUCUUGGGAUAAUGUUUACAGGUCGAAGAAUAUAGACAGUAGCACAAGCCACAUUCUGAAUGUCAUUGGAAACAUUGCUCAGCAUUUGUCUGAUGCAACUAGGUCUAAAUUGAUAGAUGAGGUCCAGAAUUGGAUAAAUGCAUUCUGUUCUCCCCCAGAAAUCAUAAGCCCUGCAGUUGAAACCUUGUAUAAGCUCUGUCAGGCUCAGUGUGAGACACCCAAGGACACACAGGUCCUACUUGAUCAAGUGUGUGGAAAACUGAUCUUCGCAUGUGAGUCUUACAUCUCUAGUAUUGUUCUUGAAGAUGGUGGUGUUGAAAAUGCAGAUGAAAAUAUGAUGAUAAAACAUCUUUUUACGCUUGGUGAAGUAGCACAAUUGUGCCCUGGAAAAGUGGAGAAGCGCAUCUUCAUGCUUGUUCAGUCAUUUCUUGCUACCCCUUCCAGCUUAGACCCAGAUGGUGACGAUGUUCCAGCUUCACAGCCCCUCUCUCAGUUUUCAGGAUCUCCUGUUAUGCCUUCUGUUGUCCGAGCACAUGCAUUUUUUACUCUUGGUAAAUUGUGCCUACAACAUGAAGACUUAGCAAAGAAAUGCGUCGCUGCUCUUGCACGCGAGUUAGAGGUGUGCGAAAAUGUAGCAGUUCGCAAUAAUGUCAUCAUCAUCAUGUGUGACCUCUGUAUGCGAUAUACUUCAAUGGUUGAUCGAUAUAUUCCUAAUAUUGCUGUUUGCUUAAAAGAUGAUGAUCCCUUUAUUCGCAAACAGACUCUGGUUAUGCUGACCAAUUUACUCCAGGAAGAGUUUAUAAAGUGGAAGGGUUCACUUUUCUUCAGAUUUGUGAGUGUUCUGGUGGACUCCGAUGAAAGUAUUCGGAGAUUUGCAGAAUUUUGUUUAGUCUACCUGCUAUUGAAAAGAAACCCUGUUAUGUUCUCUCAACAUUUUAUUGAAUGCAUUUUGCACUUCAAUGGUUAUGAAAAACAUGAAAAGUACAACAAAUUUCCUCAAACUGAGCGAGAGAAGAAACUGUUUUCCUUAAAGGGAGAUAAAAAUCGAGAAAAGCGAAUGACUGUUUACAAAUUUCUGUUGGAACAUUUCACAGAUGAGCAACGCUUCAGCAUUACAAAUAAAAUUGCACAAAGUAUUCUAGCCUGCUUUGUUGAUGGUGUACUUCCUUUGGAUAUGGAGGCAAAUGAGUUGCUCUCUGAUACUUUUGUGGUGAUGAGUUGCAAAGAGAUCAAGCUGUCCUCUAUGAAAACAAAACCUGGUGAUGAAGCACAGGUGGAAGAUGAAAUGGCUAUGGCUAAUGCGGUUAUGCAGGCUGCACAGAAAAAACUCAUAUCUCAGGUGCAAAAGAAGAAUUUUGUAGAAAACAUCAUCCCUAUUGUAACAUCCUUAAAGAAUCAACUGGAACAGAAACAUCUCCCGGCACUAAAGGAUCUCAUGCAUUACUUGCGUGAAGUAAUGCAGGAUUAUCGAAAUGAGGUCAAGGAUUUCUUUGCUGUUGAUAAACAACUGGCAGCUGAAUUGGAAUAUGAUCUAAAAAAAUAUGAAGAACAGCUUGUUAGGGAGGAAGAGGAAAGACAAAAUCUACCAACUGCACUGGAAAUGACAAACCCAACAAGCACAACUGUAUUAUCACCCAGAGUUUCACCUGCAGCAAUGUCUGAUGCACAGACUGGCAGCGAAGCACCGUCUCCUCUAGGUCUGAAGACAGCCCAACCUACAACAUCACCGCAGAAGACACCCACUUUGGCUUCAUGUGGAUUUAUUACUCCGAAAACUGGAAUGCUGAAAAUACCUAAAUUCACAAAACCUAGAUCGGUGUCACUGAGUUCAGUGGCUAUUCUGAAUUCUGCAAGGAAGGCAGCAGAAUUGGAUAAGAAAAAACGCAAAAGCAGCUCUGGGUGGAUUCCAUCGUCUUCCAUCGGAAACAGUAACAUAGAACAAAGACUGGCUGUUGGACAUGACUGUUCUGUUGUUUCAUUCCAGGGCUCAGGACAGCGUACAAGAUCAGAAGCUUUGUCUGCUAAUUCAUCUGUGGUUGAACGAGCUGUCAGUACUCCUGAUCGAACAAUUGAUAAUGUGACCUUUGCUGCAGGAGUCAGUUACAUCAGUACAACACAAACGCCGUCUGAAAAAUAUGAGGAACAUGCACAGGAGGAGCAGAAAAGCAUGCUGUGUCUAAUGUCUCCAGAUAAACCAGUUCCUCAUCCCCGUCAGUGGAAUGUGAAGUCACCAGCUAACAGGAACACAAAUCAAAUCCAAGGCAGAACAAGAUCACAGAAGAAAUAUCCCCUCAGGCCUUCAAACUAAAGAAAUUUAUAUUGUGCAGUUGUGUACUUUUGAGAAUUUUGUAUACUUAGAGAACAAGCUCAAAGAAUUACUUCAAGGGAAAGACAUUUCAGUGGACACCUUUUAGUUCAUUUCUUAAACCCCUUUUCCCAAAAUAUACAGAGAACUGAAAACAUUUGUUAAUUACUUUUACAGAUUCCCUAGUUACUUCUCAGCCUAAUGAAAAGUUACAAUUCUAACAAGCCACUAAAAGCUGUCCUGCAUACUUAGUAUUACUAUUCUUCUGGUGAACCCACUGGAUUCUCAAGGCUACAAGGGGAAUUCAAAUUAAGCUGAAAUACAAAAACUUGUUUUCCUAGCAGGUUUAUACCACCUUUGGGGUAUUGAAACAUCUUAACAGGACUUCUGUACGGGUCCUGCUUUGACUCCUCCAAGAUUACUACAGUCUGCUUUAGGAAGCCCCAUGUGAGUGUGUAAAACUGGAAGUUAGUUUUAAAAAUGGAUUCAAGCGAUGUAAUGAAUCUGUCCUAUUACAAAUUCACUUCAUAUGUCAUAUGGUUGUCACAUUCUGAAGAACAAUGAAAAGAGAUGGUGACAAAAUAAUCAAUAUACAACAAAUUUUAUGCUAAAUAAACAAGGCCAAAGGCUGAGUGACUUUAAAUUCUUUAAUUAUGUAAUUAAUAUUGUAAAUGUAAUAUUUGCUUCUUUUUCAAUGUAUAAUUAUGUUUAUGUACUGGGAUGCCUCUGAGGAAACCAUUCAGUUUCUGUACAUUAAGAUUUAUACAGAUUGGUGGUUUAAACAAUCCUUUAUUCUCAUUGAGAUUUCCAAUGUCACUUUUAAAAGGUGCGAAACUGUGGCAGUGUGUGUAUACAAAUUCUUUUUGAAAACAAGAACAGUGAAGAACUGACAAAUAUUUGAAUUACCUAAUUGCACCACAUGGUGGUGCUGUGUACUGAAGAUUGGAACUAGUUAUUUUGUUGGUUUCAGAUCUACUGUUGAACUAGUGCUUCAAUUUAAUAACUAUCAAACAUAUUUUUUUUCUCUUGGGACCCAAAGGAUGUUCAGCAUAAUUACUAGGUGGUUAAGCAAAGUAAAUACUACUUAAGUAAACCACUAAGAUAAUUGCAAAGAAGUGGAAAUUUUAUUGUUCACUACCCAGCAACCUUUUAAUAAGUAAGCAGCUGGGGUCUGAAGCUCUGCCUACAUAACUGAAUAAUUGAGCAUUACUUGCAUAAAUCAUAUAUAAAAGAAUGGUGUUCAAGAGAAAUUUUACAAAGGUUGGUUAGAAUCUGUAAAGUAUAGUAGCAAAGAAAAUUUCAAUUUCAGUUUUGGAUAGAGUUGUGCAUGGCUCUAGUAAACUUGCUGCCCUUUCAGCAAGCUACAAAAAUUCAGCAAAAUCCCAGCAGUAGGAUUGAAGUAGUAGGCUUGAUAAAUCAGUGCUGUUUCAAAUAGAAAUCUACAAGAUAUUUUGACUGAAGGAUUAUUUACAUCCCUGAGGUUACGCAAAGCUACAUUAAAAACCGAAUUAAAAGUUUGUUAUCCUACAGCUGUGUUUGAAGUACCAGAUGAAUGAAUUAAGUCAAACCAAAGUUUUAAGAUUUGCUGUUGAGUUGCAUCAUUUGAAUUGUCAGUGUUUCACAUUUAAAUAUGCAGUUAAAUUAAUUACAGCUAUGACAGUAGUGAAAAUGUAGGAAUAUUAAAAAUUUUAAAACUAAUGUAAAUACUUGUUUAUUUCUUCUUCACAAUACUCAAAGAAACCCAGAAUCUGAGAUUUAAACCCUGUUUUGAUACAAAUGCACUUGGUAUCAAGGAACUAUAGUGUUUUGGGGAAAUUUCAUUUUACUUCAAAAAACUUGGACAUUUAGAGAUUGACUAUCUGCCACAUUUACUUGAAUUUAAUUCCUGCAAGUUUAUGUAUGUAAAGUGCCUGAUUCUUUUGCUGUUUACAAGCAUGUAGUUUUCUCCAUUUACAACUGGCUGUAAAAACCAGGAGUGCAGAGAAGGUAUUUUAAAAUGUUAGUUAGUACCACUCCAGCAGAUGGUAUGUCUUCACCUAUCAAAGGGUUCACAAAUUAACUUCACUCUGAAAAUAAAAUGCAGAAAUUAUACUUGUGCAUAAAUCCUACAUGCCAAGCUUUCCAAUCAAAAUAAGGUCCAAUGCCAUUUUUUGUGGAUGAAUGAAUAUUCUACCCCCAAUAUAUAAAAAU